AUGACAACAAACGUCGAACCGCCAGCUGCAGAAGACUACAAUGUGGCAUGGAUCUGUGCACUCCCAGACGUCGAGUUGGACCCGGCAAGGCUGAUGCUCGACGACGAUUACGAUACUCCAUCAUCCAUCGACGCGCGGUGGGACGACGUCCAAUACUUCUGCGGGAGAAUGCACGACCAUCGAGUCGUCAUAGCAUGCCUUCCAAACGGCGAAUCGGGCAAUGUCAACGCCAGUCGCUUAACGUAUGCACUUUUCAGGAGCUUUGCGAACAUCAAGAUCGCCUUGCUGGUCGGCAUCGGCGGUGGCGUCCCCCGCCCAAGCAGUAAAAGGGACCCGUUGGACGAAAUCUACCUCGGCGACGUAGUCGUCGGAUGGCCUGAUGAUGGGGGAGACGCAGUCGUCUAUCACGAUCGAGGCAAGGCCACAGCUAACGGCCGAUUCGAGAUGAGAGGCCACAUUCCAGAACCGGACUGGUCCACCAAGCAGGCGCUUGGUUCCAUCAAGUCGAAUCACAGGCUUGGGAAGACAAAGUUCGAUGACCAUCUCAUGAGGCUCAACCGAUUGAACGGAUCCGCAAUGCCGAGUAGAGAUCAGGAUUAUUUGUUCGAGGCUGGAUACAUCCACGAAGAUCCUGAGCUGACCUGUGAAUCGUGCGACAGGUCACGGCUUGUUACACGUCCAGAGCGCUCGGAGAAUCGAUUCGUAUUCCACAUGGGCAGGAUUGCCACGGGUAACUCGGUCAUCAAAGAUGCAGAAAGAAGGGACAAAAUCAGCAAAGACUGUGGCGGAGCGCUCUGCAUCGAGAUGGAAGCAGCAGGCGCCAGUGUCAACAGAAACAUUCUCGUCAUACGCGGCAUAUCCGACUACGCCGACUCCCACAAGAACGACAAAUGGCAAUUCCAUGCGGCCAAGAAUGCUGCAGUCUUCGCCCGAGAGCUGCUGUGCACCAUGCGUGCAAGCAAGGUCAAGGCGAUGGAAGGACCCGCCCGAAGCGCUGAGAUAGCAAUUCCAACACCGAAGCCCGAGCCCGAAUCCACACCACAUUCUGAGAACAAACCUGAAGCGGCCGGCAGCCCCAUGUAUCAAACACAGGGAAGCCCCAGAGAUCCCAAACUCAAGCCGCUUGGUACCGAUGGAGCCGUGGAAUUACCUGGUUCGCGCCCCUGA